UUCGAAGAACGAAAAAACGAUGCCUAUGUACUCUUGAAGACUAGCUUUUAUAAUAACUUAAACAAUGAUAAGAAGAACAAUAGCAUUUCAAAAGACUUGAACAUGUGGUCGAUUUAUGUAAUCAAAGUCUAGACACAUUAGGAACACUUGGGCAUAAUUUGUAAAACGUGCUUAUUUCGUCAAUGUGUGUUAUCUCAAGUUCAUUUCAAAGACUAGCUACAACUAUAAAAAGUCCUACAGUUCUUAGUGAAGAUCAUACUUUAGUAAGAUCCUUACUACAGCAACCAAUACAAUGGCAUUCAAGGCUGUCGUUCUGUACGCCGCUCUUCUUCUGGUCCAGACCAUCGCUGGCCAGAAAUGUGGCUGCUCCUGUCGCAGCAACAGGGGCUACAGCAGCUCCCUCAGCUCGAACUCCAUCUCCAUCGCCACCAGCGGCGGCGACCUCCUCGUCACCAGCGUCGGCCCCAUCUCCCCCUCCGGCAUCGCCGUCACCUCCGACCUUAGCCUAGACGGAAACUUGGAUGUCUACGGAGAACUGCCGUACCUGAGCGCCGUACAGUUCUCUGGCAACUACGACACCAGCGGCUCGGCGUGCGUGGACUACAGCUGCGGCACCUGCGGGAACGUGGCCAUCACCAGCGUGCAGGGCGGUUCCGGCUGCGGCUGCGGCUCCAGCUGCGGCUGCGGUUGCGGACGCUAAGAUAUAAUGUGAAUAAUUUAUUGAACUGUUAGUUAAUUUUUACAAAUUAACUUCUAGUGAUACAAAUUAUUUAACUGAUGAAAAGCUGGCAAAAUAAAUGAAGGUAUCCACAAAUAUUUUAAUUGUUCUUGUCUACAAUUCGUGACAACUUACUCUAGUAAUAGUGAUAGU